AUGAAAUCAUUGAAAAUGUUCCAUGAUAUUGCAACACCAGCCACUCCACCCUAUACCCCAGGUCCAUUGUGUGGUGGCGCCCAAUCAUCAUCAGCCACAGCAAAGGAUACCAGUAACUACAACCAAAUGAUGUCCACCAAUUCCAUGAACUGUAAUCUUAUGUCACCACCCUUGAGUGCGGCCAAAAGCCAGGAUCAUUUCCGCGGCUCCAUGUGCAACCUGAAAGCUUUCAACAGUGGUUGCAACUACAGUGAUUUUUCCACGGCCGAUGUCCAUUUCCCUGAUUUUUCACAAUUAUCCUUUUCCAAUGCUGAGACACCAACUUCGAUUUAUGGCAGUAGUUGUGGUACGGGAAAUGGUCUACAAUUUGAGGGUAAUAACUCGGCAAAUUAUGAUGAUGGUGAACAAUUAAAAAGGCAUUCCAUGGGUAGUUGUUAUGAGGAGGAAGUGAAAUAUGAAUCUCCAAGUGGCGGUAUGAUGGUGCAUACGCCGCAUUCCAGUUUUAAUCGUGAAGAUGUAUUUCGUUUUGAGCCGGAGGAUAUUGCCCGGCUCACGGAGAAUUCCCUGGCUCAGGCUCAACAACAACAGCAUCAAAUUGCCGAUUGUCAGGCCUACAACCUAGACAUUGAAUAUUACAAUUACGAUGAAAUCAAUUGCCAGUCAAAAGAACAAAGCCCCUGUUCCUCCCCACCCUUGGACCCCUGGAUGUCAUUGAAUCUCAGUGAAAAUCCUGCACAGCCACCAAGACAAGAAUCUCCCAAAAUUAUCAACACCAGUUAUGAAACCUCCUAUACACCUUCCUAUGAGCCCAGCAUUAAGCAAGAAAAUUCCACCACAAAAUUGCCAUCCAUGAUGUCCACCUUUGGAACACCCAAAUAUGAACCCCUCAACAGUUUCACCUACAAUGAAUAUGAAAUUAACUACACUCCCUCAUCGGGAUAUAAUAAUUUCAAUGCCCUCACAGAAGAUUUUGAAAAUUGUAAUAUGUUAAAUUUGGAAAAGCCACAUCGGGAUCAUAAGGUCAUCUGGACCAUCGAUGAAUUGGAUGAAAUAAAUGAUUUCGCCAAUCCACCACAAAUGAUGAGCACAAAUCAAUAUGACAGCAGUUACUUUAAUCAAAGUACCGAACGUACCGAUGAGGAAGAGGAAUUGGAGCACUAUGGUGAUUUGUUGGAACAUGCUGUUGGUGUCGAGGAGGAAGAAGAUGUUUUCUCUGCACCCCUGGAAGAUAAUGAUGAAGUAUUUUUGUUGGAGAAGCCUAAGGCCACCAAACAAAGACGUAAACGUUCGAAUAAUUGCCGUAGUUCAGCAUCUGCCAGUAAUCAAGUGCUUGAAGGUGGGGCUGAAGAAUUAUUACCCGAAUUUAUCCAAGGACCCAUGGUAUGUUUGUGGACCGAUUGCAAUGAAGAAUUCCCCAACCAGGCCGAAUUUGUUUGUCACAUUGAAAAGAAACAUGUUGACGUGAAACGUGGUGAAGAUUUCUCAUGCUUUUGGGUCGAUUGCCCUAGACGCUAUAAGCCUUUUAAUGCUCGUUAUAAGCUGCUGAUACAUAUGCGUGUGCACAGUGGCGAGAAACCGAAUAAGUGUCCGUUCCCUGGUUGCAACAAGGCCUUCUCUCGUUUGGAAAAUUUGAAAAUCCAUCAACGUUCCCAUACUGGUGAACGUCCAUAUGGCUGUCAAUACAAAGGUUGCUUGAAGGCUUUUAGCAAUAGCUCCGAUCGGGCUAAACAUCAAAGGACUCAUUAUGAUACGAAACCCUAUGCCUGCCAACUACCCGGUUGCACCAAGCGUUACACCGACCCAUCCAGCUUGCGUAAGCAUGUGAAAAAUCAUGCUCUACGCAAUGCCAAUGGUCAUUUGGGACGUAGGAAAUCCACCACUUCGGCUGGGGCUAAAAAGUCCACCACCACACCCAAGACUCGGCGUCAUUCGGAAUCAUCGUUGGUGCAAACAAAAAACGGGGGUAAAAAUAAAAUCCCCUCUACACCAGUAAUGCUCAGCAAUAACACCACCACCCCCUCUACCAGCAGCACUACCACCCAUAAGCCAAGAAGUAAUAGCUGCAGUGAAAUGUCUUUGGUCAAUAACAAUUAUCACAAUAAACAAACUGUGAAUAUAUACAACAAUUCCAAUAUGCAACAAGAGCAACAGCAGCAACAACAAAAUAUCCUUAACGACACACAAUUGCAAUUGGCCACAACAACGGCUAAUCGCAAUUCAAUGAACUUUAAUGAGUUGUCCAAUUGUAUUGUGACCAUUGAACAUGGAGAGGUGGCAGAGAAUGGUAGCGGCAGUGGUGCCACAAUGACCACAUAUAAUUUGACUGCCACAAAUCGUCGCAACAGCAGUGACAGUGUGAUUAGCAAUAGCAGUAAUGGUAGCAUUCUUAGCAAUGCCAGUAUCAAUCAAAUCAAUGAAUUCCAACAAAUGUUGCAACAACAACACCAUCAUGCAUCUGCAAAUGAGAACCAAACAAAUGUGGUAACAACAACAGCGGCAUCGAACCCAUGUGAUAUGUUACAAAGUGGCAGCAACAACCCCCAGGCCACAAAUUCGUUUAGUGGCCAGGAGUCGCAAACAACAACAACAACAGCCACCGCCACCAUUGAAGCAAAUACUGGAAAUUCCUGUGAGUCCAACUCUAAUGAUGAAUCUGAAUAUGUUUCAUUUGAGUAUGUUAAAAAGUUGCUAUGCGAAACCUUUGAUUGUAUGGGUGAUGCCGAUGCUGAUGAGACUCCAGCUGGUGCUGCCGAUGAAAGCAAAAUAUCAAACCUGGAUGCCAGCACCACAUCAUUAACAGCAACAACUGAUGUUGUUGUUACGGCAACCAGUGCGGCUACCAUUGGGGCUAGUAUCGUUGUCAUUAGUGGCGAUAAACAAAAGAACAUAGCAACAACUACAACAACCGCAUCUACUAACACACCAACAAUGACAGCUAAUGAAAUUGUUGUUGGCAGCAAUGAAAAUGUACAAGCCGUAGUGUCGUCGAAUGACAUCGAUGAUGAUCAGGAAUUUGCCAAACAUUUUGAUAUGGAUUAUUUGGAAAGUUUUAUGUAA